CCUAGCUUAAAAGGUAAACAAAUGUCUGGCUAAGCUAGUAGCAUUUUGAAAUGUUCACAAAAAAUGGAGUUAAAGUGAUGAAGAUGCAACAUUAUUAUAUUGGACGUGUAUAAAGCUGUACUCAAGCAAAGCAGAUAGCAAGUUUUGAAUGAGUUGUUCUAGCAACUCUUGCUACGUAGACCUGAUAACGUUUAGCUAGUUUGACUAUUUAAGAUGGAGCAGAAGCUUGCAGAGUUCAGAGCUCGGCGACAGGCAGAAAAUGCUGUUAAAAUGGAUCAGAGUGCUGGAACACAGCCCGGAGUGCCUACAGACACAGCUGCUCAAUCUGAUACAACACCAAUACCUGAUCGUCAAAGGCUAGAGGAGCCCGAAAACCGCCGAGCUUCAACGCGGAGCUCCCAAAGCAAGGACCUUAGCAACUGGCUGCUGGACAGCGCUCUGGGGAGGUGGCUGACUUCAAGGCAGUUUGUCAUCUCAAACCUCAUGUUGCUCAAAGUGCUGCUGUGGUUGGUACUGUUUGGUCUUUUUGUUGAACUGGAGUUCGGCCUGCCUUUCUUCGUCAUCUCCCUCUUUUACUGGAUGUAUGAAGGACUUCGUAGCCCAGCAGCCCGGGAGCCUGGUGAAAUGAGUGCUUAUUCUGUGUUCAAUCCAGAUUGUCAACCUCUGCUGGGCUCUCUCACUGCAGAGCAGCUGGAGGGAGAGAUGGGUUACAGACCUCUGACUAACAGAUGACAUGCUUAUGAUUUGCAUAUUUAUAACAGAAUAAUGGUUUUUUUUCUUUAUACUUUUCAAGAUUUGAAUUUAAUAAUUUACAACAAUAUAAAAAUGGUACACUCAGUUUACUACUGUACGUUUGUAUAACAUAAAAUUGAGAUUGUCUAUUUACAGCUUUGUCUGUGUUUCUACUUCCCUUCUGAAGCAGCUUGUGGGACACUUAACUCAUGUAAGGCUACACCUUUCACAGUGUCUUUUAACAUUCACCUCUACUUUCCAUUUUCAUUUACUGAUCAAUGUGGGAUUGAUGGAAAAUGUGGGACUGGUGUUUACGAAUGUGAAUGAGAAGACAACCGUUCAUUGUAAUUCACAUACACACAGAUAAAUGGAAGGCUGCUUAUAAUUUUUAUGUGAAAAUUAUGUUUACUGUUUGGUAAAUGUAAUGCUUUCACAAUUUAAUAAAGCAUUUUGAAGUCUAGCAGUAA